CCAGAAUCGGUGACUGGGUUGGUGGCUACAAUAAAAAACCAGCGAUGCACAACAAGAUGACUGCGCGUCGCGUCGAACCUACCAUCUCCUUCCUCUGUCCUCCUUCUGUUCUUCUCUGGAUCUUCUUCUUCACAAGCGUCCCGUAUCCAUCUCACGUCCCGGCGAUCACCGGCGGCGAGGUCCAAGUACGGCCAUGACAGACGGCAGCUUUUUUUUUUCAGGGGAAAGCUCUGCAGCUGUAUAGAUUUUAGAAGUUCAAAUCCUUCCCGGUUUCGAUCUCCGACUUGGCGCCGACCGCCGCUAUAAAUCCCAAGGAGUCCAGGGCAGCCGCCAGUUUUCAGCGGAAGCCAGGGAUUCCUAGGAUUCCAGCUUUUAGAGGAGACUAGCAACUCACGAGUCAUCAAGUGGCAGAUUUCAUCUUCAGCAGGUCAAUUUGCGGGAGUCAUGGAGAAAGACAACGGAGAUGAUAAAAUCAGCACCUUGCCCAAUGACAUUCUGGUCAACAUUCUUGACCGACUCUAUGUCUCCGUCGCUGCAAGAACCAGCAUCCUCUCCAGACGGUGGAGUCAGCUCUCCACCAAGCUCUCUCGACUUGUAAUAAAUCCUCUGCCUGAGGGUGUGUCUAGCACGGACAUCUGUGAUGUUGACUUGGUUCGGAUCAAUGCAACUGCUGUUGAAGCGACAAAGAGCAUACUGACACGCAGAAAUCCAGGCGAAGACACCAUCCGCCUCCUGUCUACAACGUUCUACUUGAGUGGUGAUGUCCCCAUAUCCAUUGGACAUGCUGUUGGUGAUGCCAUGGCGACACACAAGAUUGAGAAGGCUGAAUUCAGAGUUUUCACAGGGAAGGAACGCAAACAGUGCACUAUUGAUGAUCUGGUCAAGUAUGGGACAAAGUUUGUUUCAUUUUUUAAGGAGUGUCUGAAUGCAUUUACUGGUUUGACACGCCUCUAUCUGGAGAAUUUGAGAUUUUCUGAUUCUGGCUUCGUCUCCAACAUCUUCGUCACUUGCAAGAGAUUAAAACAUUUAGGUUUUCUCAAUUGUGGCACAGAGAAUUGGAUAACACUCCAAGUUGAACACGCAGAACUCAGUGAGCUCAGUAUUAUCAGUUGCCGUUUUGACAAAGUCGAACUCAAGUGGCUCCCAAGACUCACCCGGGCAACCUACGCCUGCUGGGUCUCUUUCGACGAACUACCGCUGUCAUUUGGUCAUGUCCAAUUGCUCCAGUUUUUGAACCUUACAAAUGUUGCUCUUAGUUUCCAGAAAAUGGUCAGGUUAAGUACGCUACUUUGUGAGACAUAUACACAAGAGCUGCGGUUGGGGUUUAAAUGUGAAAGGAUUUGGAUUGAACCAGAGUGUCUGUCCCAAAGGCUGGCAUCUGCGUUCCACAGACUAAGGAUUGUCAAUCUAGUUAGCAUUCCUGAAGGGUAUGAUCUCACGUGGACAAUGUUCAUUCUGGAAGCUACGCCAUCCCUGGAAGAGUUCUACAUAUCGGUAAUGGAUCAUCCGUGUGAAAUGCAAACGGAUAAGGAGAAGAGAAGGGAACUCUUUCUUACUGAGAAGAAGGGUGUAGAGUGGGAAUCGCUUAGAUCAAAUUUCAAGCACCGCCGCCUUACCAAGCUCAUCAUCUUUUGCUUUGAGUAUUGCAUGGUGUGUCAUGUCAGUCGUGUCAUGAAAGCAGCGGUCAAUCUGAAGGAUGUGUACCUGUAUGAUAGGGUGGCAUGUAGCAAGUGCCAACACAUCAACCCUGCAAGGCCUGGUAGGCUUCCACGCAACAAGAAGAAAUUGAAUUUAAUGAAGAAGCUAUUGUUGCAGGGCAUCGAGUCACCUGCCAGAAUUCACUUCCUGAUCCCUUCUCCUGAAAUGGAUGAUGAUCAUGCUGCAAGGUUACCGUAGUGUUUCCGUUAAAAAUCUGGCUUUUCAGGAAGUUUAUGUAUUUCUAUAAAUUAAGCAUAAGAAAUAAACACGUGCAUACUGUCACCUUCA